UUUUAAGAACGAGUGGUCCCGAUACGGAACUACACCCAAAGGUGAAAGGGAUCAGAACAUUUUAUGUGAGCAGCAUUGUUACGGACAUUUAAAAUGAGAACACAUAAUUUGUCAAGCGAUAGUGAAAGGAUACUAUGAGAGAAGUAUGCAAAUAGUACAAGAAGACCGUUGCAUUAUCCACUUUUCGACAUUCGCUGGGAAUGACAUUAUUAAACUCUCGUGUGGUAGGGGGAUUACUCUGGAAUAUUCCCAGCCCUGGCCAUUCUCCCUUGGCCAGAAAGUGUGAGGAAGAAGAAGAAGCAUUACGAAGCGCCUGUUGGACCAGUCAAAGCACGAUCCUGCAAGCUAGAGCGUACUUCUGGUGAUCUCGAAUCCAGUUGCAAGCGUGGUAAAAAUGUCCGCCAAUCCCAUCAUGGCGUAUGUGCGGUCUUCCAUGGGUCGGGUCACGUACGGUAGGGCAGACGGCGGAUUCCAACUGAACUAUUGAAAUCGAAGCUGACCAUGGCUAUCCUAAUAUCCCUCCUCGUCCUCUUUACAGUCGUGAUAAGCUUCGUGGGCUUUUAUGCACUUCAACCAGAACCCCUGUAUCUCUCUACGGACGUCAAUCAAUCUGAACCUUACACGCGAGAAGAACUGUCGAAUCUGGGCACCAACGCCGGCAGUGAUCGUACUUCUGCUACAAGCGGCGCCGUUUUCUUCACCACCUGGUUGGUCACGAUACUUCCAGCCGAACGAGAUGUAAACGAAAAGGCGACUGUCAGCAGCGGACUUGAAACGCUCGGUAAUACCAACAGCACCGCCCAUGCUGCAACACACAAGUGGACAACAGAUGUCGACGUAACAACAACGGAGACAAACGUUGCGACGGACACCACCAGAACAGCUACCACCACACCUACUUCCACCACACCUACUUCCACCACCCGUACUACCACCACGCCAAUUACCGUCACGGCGACUAACGAGUCCUCACCCGAUUGGAACAUGGAGACCACGAGAAUGCCAAGACCUUUCUCGGCUCCCUGUAAUGUCACAUUUACCGGAAUCAGUGGUGAAGUAAUGUCACUGAACUACCCUUUACCAUACCCUGGACACCUGAACCAAACGUGGUGCAUCAGGACGCCGCACAACUGUCAAGUUCUUUUUACCUUCGUCGAUCUUGUGCAAGACAAUUCUACCCGAUGCAACGUCGACAACAUUGCUAUCUAUGACGGAGGAAGCCCCUCGGACGAGAAGAUAGGAUUAUCCUGCUCCGCACUGACAAAGCAGGACAUAAUCAGCACGGACAGUGUCGUACGCCUUUGGUUUACCUACGACCACACCAGGCAGCUGAAAGCGUUCAAGGCGCACUUCACUGCGGUGAAUUGUAGCAGGGGCAGAAGGCUGGAAGCUGUGGCGCAGACUGCACGCUCGUUGUCUUUCCGUUCCCAGGAUGGACUGAACAACAGCACGGAUAGGAUCUGGACCCUGGAGAGUCAGAAUGGGCACGUUCAGCUCACUUUUGUCGCGCUCGAAAUGAGCGAUUGCUGCGAGUGCGAGUUCUUGGAAGUAUUCGAUGGAAGUGAGAGAAGAACGGCGCAUCUGAUGGGGAAAUAUUGUGGAAAGAAGGUCCCGCCAGUGAUGGUGUCUACCACGAAGACAUUUCUUCUCCAUUACUACAAUAACGGAAAACUAUCUUCAAAGGGCUUUCGUGCCAAAUACAGAGCGAUAAGCUAGAUCACGAAUAAAGAAACUCCAACGAUAAC